AUGGCAGGCGACCGCCAAGAACCGAAACAAACUAAGGAGGAUUCUGACAAGGAGGUAACGCCAGACUCUAAUAGGGCGCUGGAUGUUGCUGAAUCGGAAGAUGAACAAACACUCUACAGCAGCAAUCCCUCGGAAUUUGAUACAUCAGAAGUGCUGAACCCAGACAUCUUUUUGAAAUUUUUACAGCAAGUUGUGAGUAAAAGCAAGAAGAAGCUGUGCAGAGUUACAGAUCCCAAACCAAAAUGUCCGAAGCUAAAAAAGACUUGUAAAAAGAAACCAGCGAAGAGGCUUGCAGAUGCAGAAGAAGCGAAAACAUCUCGGUGUGGAGAAUGAGAGCAAUAUUCCGGAAGCCAUCGACUUGUUUAACUUUGCAAGUACAUUGGAGUUUAUGGAAAAGACGUACAAUGCAAUUACGCCAGUGUCUCCCCUUCCCCGCUUUAUGGAUGAAAGUCUAGAUUUUUGAAGACUUGUAUGCCGAAGAGGGCAUAGAUGAACUUGAGCUGGUUGCAGAGAUUCAUAUUGGGGAUGCCGGUGCAUACUCCAAUGUCCCGCCAAGGAUCUUCAGAAGAGCAAGCCCCUGGAGAUUUCAAAAAUCAGUGUGCCUAAGUACCUCAGGGCUGGAGUUCACACAAGGACAAUCAACAGUCCACCAAGAGACAGCACCUAGGCCUUCAAGAUUUGAGUUCUUUGGAGCCCCUAUGUCUCAUAUCAAUGUAAACCCAUGUACCCCCAGAAAAUUGAAUAGAACUCAAAUGAGCUCAGACUGUCAUUUAGAACAGAAUGCAUAUGGAACUUUCCAAAAACCUGCAGACAGAACUUCCCUACAUGUGAAUGCUUCAGUAGCUCCCAUGCUCCCUGGAAUUCACUGGACAACUAAAGGUCCGCUGGAUGCCUUCUCUGCAAAAAGGAUACAAAAUGGCACAUGCACGGAGAGGACUAGUCUAAUACAUGGCAAUACAUUAGUUAAAAAUACACCUAAUGCAUUAGAGUCAUUGGGUCUUGCUUUGGGAAAUGGGACUGGGGUAACAGGUGGGCAGCAAAGACCUCUUGGAGGAGAGAGCUCCACGGUAAACAGCCAGCAUACUCAAUCUCAUGGCUCUUUAGAAAAAGAUAGUGGCUCUUCAUCCUCUUCCUCCUCCUCCCAGAACCCUAUGCUGUCUGCAGGUGGCAGUGGGGUACAGUCAAGCCAAUCCCAGGAUUUAGAUAUUUAUGACCCUUUUCACCCCACAGAUGAGGAGAAUGUGAAUGGAGACUAUAUUUAUGAAGACUCCCCAGAGAAGGAAACCGAUGACCAAGAAGAUCAAAAGUAUGACCCAUUUGAACCCACUGGUUCCAACCCAAGUUCCUCUGAACGCAGCCCUUCACCAUAUGAAGAUGAUGAUGAUGAUGAUGAAGAUGAUGAAAUUGGGAGUGAGACUCACCCAGAAGGUCGAAUCUCUGAAGCGUUAGCUGGUAUUUAUGAUGAAAACAGCUUGAGCCAAGACAUUCCGGGCGCUGAGAAAACAAAGGAAGGUUUUAAAUCUGUAGAAUCUGAUAAAGGCCUACCAAAUGAUGAGCAUGAGAGAAGUACUGAAGUGGAAAGCAACAAAGCUGAGCAAAAGAGUUCUAAGGAACGUUCGGACUCUGUUUCAAAGGAUGUUUCAAAGCUAGAUUUUGAACCCUACAGUCCUAGCUCCAGUAUAGACAUGGACACACCAGAUGAGGGGGAGGCAGAUGAGGAGUCGCAAGAAGUACCAGAGGAGAAAAGUAUUAUAGAACCACCAGUUGCUGAUUCAACACUUGAAGAAACAAGUAUGGCAGAAGCAUCAGCAGAGCCUAUAAGGCGUGUAUUCACAGUGGAUGCUGGUAUGGACUUUAAUAGGAAAACUGACUUUACAUCUGAAGCCGAAUCUAAGCCCAAGGUUGAAAUAAAGGUUUCUCUGGAGUCACUUGCCAAGCCUGAUAUGAAGUCAUAUUUACGGUUAGAGAAAAUUGCCAAGCUUGGAAGUGAGUCAAGAUCACGGCAUAAACGAAAGCAUUCAUCUGAAAGGAGAGAUCAUGAUGACGAUUCAGAUCGGAAAUAUGAUUCUGAAAUUGAAGAAGGGGAGAUUGUACAGCCAGAUGAAGAUUGUUUUAGCCCUGUGCCUAUAUUCCGGAGCCGAUGUCGAGUCCUGGACAGACCACUUAGAAUGGUUGAAGGUGAUGACUUCCUUUCUCUGCAUGCAGAUUCAGAUGAAGAAGGAACUUUACAAAUUGACUUUGGAGACAAUCCGAUGGAUAACAGAUGGAAGGGACUGGAUUUGAGACGAAAGAUUACAAAUCAACGUAGAGAGAGGUAUCGGAGGAAAUCAGAGACUCCACCAAAAUCCAAAAAACGCUCCAAAUCUCGCUCUCCAUCUAGCUCUCAUAGUCGUAAGAAGUCCAAACGUGAAAGAAAAAGAUCCAGGGAAAGGAAGAGGUCCAAGGAGCCACGAACAACAACAACAACAACAACAACAACUACUUCCUGGUCUAUUUCAAAAAAAUCUAAAGAUAGCAAAGACCGCAAGCGUUCUAGGUCACGGUCUUUUAAGGGUAGUAAGGUUUCUCGUUCACGGUCUAGAGAACGCAGACGGUCACGUUCCUGGUCACCUUCCAUUAGCACUAGCUUAUCUGCCGUAGGAUCUUCUCGUCCAUCAGCUGAAAGGAGAAAAACUUGCAGAUCAAAAUCGAAAGAGAAGAGGCGCCGUUGGUCUCGCUCUGUCAGUAUGGAGCGGUCCCGAAAAGAUAAACAUAAGGACAAGCAUCGGGUAGAUGGAAGAAAAAGAAGAAAAGAUCACGUUCAAGGUCCAGAGAAAGAGAUAGAGAUAGAAGAUCUUCCCGGCACUCAAAUGAUAGGAGAGAAAAGGAGAAGACGAGGCCCAGGCACACUUUAGAUGAACCCAAGGUUGAAAAACCCUCCACUCUUGGAGAGGAGGCGACGUGAUAGUCGCUCAGUGGUACCUCCCUCAAUACAAGAGCUGAAUAAUGCAGAUCUUUUUACAAUAAAGAGAACGAUUACUGUGAACCCAGAAGAGAAACUAGAUCGUGAAGAAUUGCUUCGUACUCCUGAACUUCAUGGGAAGAGAGAGGUUCUGUAUGAUUCAGAAAGGACUGAGCUUCGAAACCUAUUCUGACCGUGAAACUGUCGAUGACAGGGAUGGAAAAUCUAACAGGGUUUUUGAAAGGCAUUCUGUCAAGACGGAUUCCAGCAAGAGAAGGAUGCCCAUGGACUUUACAACCAAGCGGGUAGAAGAAGAAAGAGAAAGCCGACAGAGAGUUUCCAAAGAUAGAGAUAGAGAUAGAAAAAGAGCUUACCCAGAUGACAGUCGGGACCCGGUAUAAAAAACGUUUCAAAGAAAGUUCUGAUCCAGAACCUGAGCCACUGAAGUUAGACCGAGACAAAAUUCGUUCUGACAAGGAUAAAACUCCAAAGAAACUUAAAACAAGUCAUAAAGACAGCAAAGGAAGCUCAACUAGGAAAGUAAAACUUCAGUCUAAAGUGGCUGUGUUGAUCCGAGAAGGUGUAAGCAGCACCACAACUGUCAAAGAAGCUGGCUCUAUUGGAGUCAAGUUCAGCAGAGACCGAGAAAGCCGAUCCCCAUUCCUAAAAUCUGAUGAAAAGAUAACUGAUAUUAAAAGUGGUCGACCUAAACUUGAAACGGAUGAUGUCAAAGAACCUCUUCUAAGGCCUAAAAAAAUUAAAGGUUUAAAAACAAAAACUGGUGUUAAGAAAGUAAAGCCGGUUGGUGCUACAGGGAAUCUGGUUAAACCUAAAGGAACUCUAGAAAAGAAGAAGAAGAAACUGAAGACAAAAGCCUCAUUAAAGAAGUCCAAAGCAGAUAGCUGCAGUCAGGAGAUAUUAAGCCCCAUUGAACCCAAAGAAGAACCGAUAUGGUCUGACACCGAGAAAACUGAGAUUAAAGUGAAACCUCCAAGUCCUCCUAAGCCAGCCAAUGAACAAGAGCUUACCCCUGAUUCCCAGACUGUAGACAGUAGCUGCAAGACUCCGGAUGUUUCAUUCUUGCCAGAGGACCUCCCUUUAGACCAAGACAGAAUUACUGAUUUAGUGGUUGACAGUAUUUCUGAGGCCAAGGAAGAGGCACCCCGUCAGCCACCUCCUCCCCCCACCACCCCCAGCACCGAUACCAUGGAACCUCCAGUCAGGCGUGGAUUGCACCACAAGUGGGGUCUUAGCAUUGACUGCGCUCCUGUUCAAGAUGGAGGAGGCAAACAUGGCAAGCCGAGCCAAGGCACAGGAGCUAAUCCAAGCCACCAAUCAGAUCCUCAGUCACAGCAAGCCUUCUACCUCACUGGUUACCCAGCCUCCUCCGUCUGUCAUUCCAUCUCUUGGUCACUCGGCUCCCUCCUAUCACCCUUAUACUUCUCUACCCCUUAGUGGCAACUCCAGCCCUCCGACCCCACCUGGAAUCUCAAGUCUAAACUCCCAAACAAUUCCCGGUUCCACCUCCAGCUCAUUUUUCAACACUAAUACAAUGUCAGAGCUGGGAAAACGGGAAGGCAGCACUAGCUCUGAGGGCAGAGGAGACACUGAUAAGUAUCUGAAGAAGCUGCAUACACAGGAGAGAGCAGUAGAAGAGGUAAAACUGGCCAUUAAACCCUAUUAUCAAAGAAAAGAGAUCACAAAGGAAGAUUAUAAAGAUAUCCUUAGGAAAGCUGUACAUAAGAUUUGCCACAGCAAGAGUGGAGAAAUCAACCCAGUAAAAGUGAACAAUCUGGUGAAAGCCUACGUCCAGCGUUACAAGUAUUUCCGGAAACACGGGAAGAAAAUGGAAGACGACGAAAGCAGCAGCAGUUACCGUGGCGGAAGAGAACCAGGGGCCCUUGAAAAAGGAAUGCCUCCUUUACCAUUAAUAUGA